GGGAGCGCGCGCCUCCCGUCCUCGCGCCGGGUCCUGCUCGGUCUCUCAGAGCCGCACACUCCGCGGAGCUCCUGCCACAGCCGUCGCCUUCGCGGCGGCUCUCCAGCCCCGCGCCUCAGCCUCGGCGCCGCAUCACCGCGUCCCAGGCCUCCUUCCCUCCCUCUGCCACUCCCCCUCCCUUUCCCGCUCUUCUUGCCCACCCGGCCGGCAGAGAGAGCCUGGAUACGAAGCAGGCGGGCUUCAGAGUGGGUUGGAAAAAUGGAGGUGCCGCGCCUGGAUCAUGCCCUCAACAGCCCCACCAGCCCCUGUGAGGAGGUGAUCAAAAACCUCAGCCUGGAGGCCAUUCAGCUGUGCGACCGGGACGGUAAGAGCGGCCGGGACCGCGAGGAAAGGGACCGAGUUCGCGCCGAGGCGCCGGGGCCACUCUGGCUCCGCCGACGCCGCUCGCCAGGGCGGCAGGGUCUUUUGUUGUCCCCUCUGUGCAAAUAAAUGCAGAUGUGGGUUACCCUCCGCCCACCGCCCUCCCCUCACCCCAGAAACAAAAGGACCCCGGGGCUCGCGCCUUGGCGCGGAAAGUAGCCGUCCACAACCGUGGCGCCCUUCGCCGCCUUCGCCCGCCUGGCCCGGACGAGGGCGACGUUCCCGCUCGCGGCUCCUGCCCCGACGAGGCGUUUCCGAUCUUUGCCGCAGUCCGGAUUUCCUGGGUCUCCGGGCACUGAAGGGGAAAUGCCCUCGGGAUGUUUCUAGCAACCCCCUUCCCCCAACACACACACACUAGUUGGCAUUCUCUUCCAGAAACUUAUCAUUUUCUUUUUUAAACCUCCCAUCCUCAGACUCCCCAAAUUAACAAGUCUUUUUAGCCUCUUGGAUUGGGAUUAGGAUGACAGUUUUUCAGUGAGGGCGCAGAAAAACAGUGCAUUUCAGCACCAAGGACAGACACAAUCUUCAUGGUUCCUGGGCUCUGAGUCAGACUGUCGAAAAUAUUGGCCUAAUAUAUGUGCUGUGAUUCAGACUUUGUGGCGAGGAACAAAUCACAAGACAGUGGCAUAGCAGAGAUGGAAGAACUUCCUGUACCACAUAACAUCAAAAUAAGCAAUAUAACGUGUGACUCAUUCAAGAUUUCAUGGGAAAUGGAUUCAAAAUCAAAGGAUCGCAUUACACACUAUUUUAUUGACCUCAACAAGAAAGAGAACAAGAACUCCAAUAAAUUUAAACACAAGGAUGUUCCCACAAAAUUGGUGGCAAAAGCUGUUCCCUUGCCUAUGACUGUCCGUGGACACUGGUUUUUAAGCCCAAGAACUGAAUAUACAGUAGCAGUGCAGACUGCCUCAAAACAAGUUGAUGGUGAUUAUGUUGUGUCUGAAUGGAGCGAAAUUAUAGAAUUCUGCACCGCAGACUAUUCAAAAGUUCAUCUAACACAAUUGUUGGAGAAGGCUGAAGUGAUUGCAGGACGCAUGCUUAAGUUUUCUGUUUUUUAUCGUAAUCAGCACAAAGAAUAUUUUGACUAUGUUCGAGAACAUCAUGGGAAUGCUAUGCAGCCAUCUGUCAAGGAUAACAGUGGUAGCCAUGGCUCUCCUAUCAGUGGAAAAUUAGAAGGCAUCUUCUUCAGCUGCAGCACUGAAUUCAAUACUGGAAAGCCACCCCAGGAUUCACCUUAUGGAAGAUACAGGUUUGAGAUUGCCGCAGAAAAACUUUUUAACCCCAAUACUAACUUAUACUUUGGGGACUUCUACUGUAUGUACACUGCUUAUCAUUAUGUGAUUCUUGUUAUUGCUCCUGUGGGAUCACCAGGAGAUGAAUUUUGUAAGCAGCGCCUUCCUCAACUAAAUUCUAAGGAUAAUAAAUUUUUGACCUGUACAGAAGAAGAUGGGGUGCUGGUUUACCACCAUGCCCAGGAUGUCAUUUUAGAAGUCAUUUACACUGACCCUGUGGAUCUUUCUCUGGGCACCGUGGCAGAAAUCACUGGUCAUCAGCUCAUGAGUUUGUCUACUGCAAAUGCAAAGAAAGAUCCCAGCUGCAAAACCUGUAAUAUCAGUGUUGGACGUUAAUGCCCACUUUUCUUAUUCUUACUCAGCCCCUUUUCCUCCCUUAGGAGCAUUGGUCCUCUGUUGUCCAUUUUCAUCACCAGAUGUUUUCCACUGAAGCAUGCACAUGCCACUGUCACCAAAACAAACAACUACCACUUUCCAAAUUUCAUUCAGAGCCAUUUUAGUGUUUUCCUAUUCCCUACCCCUCCCACUACUUUCAAUGAUGAAAUACCCUAAGUUCUCCUUUUGACACUUUAUUGCCUAGAUGCUGCAAUGUUUUUAUGUUUCCUUUAUGCCAAACAUAACAAAACAGUUAUAUAGACUGCUUUAGCAAAGUACACAAUAAUGGCUUAUAAAUGGUGUUUAAAUAUGCAUUCAUUUUAAUCUACUGAACAAAUAUUGGGAUAACUCCAAACCGCAUGAAAGGGUGUAAUUGCAGCAUGAGUUAAAUCUUGAAGCCUAGAAUUGUCAGCACUUCCAACUUCUUGUUUGACAGUGUUAUUUAUGUUAUUUAUAUUAGCUAACAGGAAACAACUACUGUGUUUCAACAUAAUAAAUAUAAUAGAAAAAUA